AUGACAGUACAAGGAAUAGUACAGCUUACAAAAAAGCCACUUAAGUUAGAAAAUUCCACUCGUGAAAAGAUUCCUGAAAGUUCCGAGAUCCCCGUGGAAACUCCUAUAACGGACAUCGAAGAAACAGAACAAGCUCCUGAGAACAACAGCAUCACCCCUUCUAAAGAGACUGAACAAAUUCAAGAGCCGAUUGAAGAGGCCUCGACCUCCGAAUCGGAAAAAUCUACUAGCAACAACAACGAGCCACCGGCAAAGAAAAGAAAAAGGAAAAAGAGAAAGCCCGCCAAAGUCACGAAAACCACCACUAGCUCAACUACUACGACUUCAAUCAGCUUAUCUUCUCCUGAGUCCCUUUCCCAGCCGGAGCCUAUGAUUACAUCUGAAACCACGGAUGAGACACAUAACAAUGACAAAGAGACUUCCAAGAAAACUGAAAAAGCUCUGCCUCCAAAGAAUGCCAAAAUACUCAUCCGAGGACUACCAGAUGAUUUCGAUACCGAAGAAAUUUCCCAGGAAUUCGGGAAAUUGGACUUAAAACUUCAUAAAGUUAUCCAGUUUAAGAAGAGGAUGGAGGAGCCUAUAGGCUCCUCUCCCUUUUCCUCAUCAUUGCACCAAUCGCAGACCAGGAUAGGAUCUUCGCUAUGA